AUGGCCUCUGAGAACGAGGUCAACACUGCGCCGAAGUUCGCUGGCGACAAGGGCAUAAUGCCCAACGAGGAAGCCGUCCAGUUCGAGUCUCAUAACGCGUCCCCAGAUGUACACGAUGUGGACUGCGAGAAACAUGGCGCAAGCCGCGAGUCCAAUCCGCUCCCCGAUCUGAAGCGGAAGCUAAAGAGCAGGCAUUUGCAGAUGAUUGCUAUUGGUGGUACAAUUGGAACAGGUCUCUUUAUCAGCAGCGGUACUGCGAUUGCCAGCGCCGGUCCCGUCGGUGCACUCAUCGCGUACCUCUUCGUCGGCACGAUCGUUUACUCCGUCAUGACCUCAAUGGGAGAAAUUGCAACCUACAUCCCAAUCCCCGGUGCCUUUACGUCCUAUGCCGCUCGCUUGAUUGACCCCAGUCUGGGUUUUGCUAUGGGCUGGAUCUAUUGGUUCUCUUGGGCCAGCACCUUCGCACUUGAACUGACGGCCACGGGGCUGAUCAUACAGUUCUGGGAUGAGGACAUCAAUAUCGCUAUCUUUAUCGCCAUCUUCUGGGUUGUGAUCACCCUCCUGAACUUCCUGCCCGUCAGCUUUUAUGGGGAAUUGGAGUUCUGGUUUGCCAGCAUCAAAGUCCUCACUGUGAUUGGAUUUAUGGUUUUCGCAAUUUGCAUCAAUGCCGGCGCCGGCGGGAGGGACUAUAUUGGGUUUCGCUAUUGGGUUAACCCCGGUCCUUUUUCGCCGUACGAGCAUGUCUCGCCCGAUUCGACUGCCAAGUUCGUGGGCUUCUGGGCGGUGCUUAUCAAGGCCAGCUUUUCGUACCAGGGCACCGAGUUAGUCGGUAUCGCUGCCGGUGAAACCGAGAACCCUCGCAAGACCGUCCCCUCUGCCAUUCGCAAGACCUGUUUCCGCAUCCUAUUCUUCUUCGUCUUGACAAUCUUUUUCAUCGGUAUCCUGGUGCCCUACACUAACGAAAGCCUCCUCACGGACGGCAAUGAUGCUAACUCCUCGCCCUUUGUCAUCGCCGCCAGGUUGGCCGGUGUCAAAGUCUUGCCGGACAUCAUCAACGCGGUCUUGCUGACGGUGGUGCUUUCUGCUGCCAACUCCAACGUAUACAGCGGAAGCCGUAUCCUGAUCGGCUUGGCCCAGGAAGGGUUUGCGCCGCGUUGGUUCAAGAUGACCACGAAGCAAGGUGUGCCGUACUUCAGCGUGGCGUUUACUGCCGCCUUUGGUUUGCUUGGGUUCAUGAACGUGUCCAAUGCUGGCAGCACGGUAUUCAACUGGCUUCUGAACAUUGCCGGCGUUGCCGGCAUCAUCACUUGGGCGUCGCUAAAUGCUUGCCACCUGGCUUUCAUGCGUGCUUUGAAGGCUCGCAACAUCUCCCGUGAUCUUGUGCCCUACAAAGCUCCUUGGCAGCCAUGGUAUGCCUGGUACGGACUCUUUUUCAACGUCCUGAUCACUCUGACCCAAGGGUUCACUGCCUGGAUCCCGACCUUCAACGUGACCGACUUCUUCAUUGCCUACAUCAGCUUGAUCCUUUUCGUGGUGUUGUACGUGGGCCAUAAGAUCGUCUACCGCACGUCUUUCGUUCGCCCUCUCGAGGCCGACAUCGAUACCGGUCGCACCCCGGUGGAGAAUGAGUCGUGGGAAACGACGGCGCCGACUACGAAGUGGUAUCACAGGCUGAAGCUCGGCUAG